GAAGAUAUCUAUCAUCAAUUAAUAAUGAGGCUAUGGAAAGUCGUUUCCGGCGCCCUUAAAGACCAGAACAGCCUAUUGUCGGCCAGCUUUGCCACCAGAACCGCCCUCCGCCGCCCUGAAAUCGAGGCCGCCGUCAUCAGAGCCACCACCCACGACGAAUUCCCCGUCGAUCAACGCUGCGUCGAUAAGGUGUGCCACUGGAUCCGCCUCUCUCCCGGCGCCAAUUUCCGCCCCGUUCUGUGGGCCAUUGCGGCCCGUUUGGAGAAGACCCGGAGCUGGGUCGUCGCCCUCAAGGCCCUCAUGCUCCUCCACCGCGUUCUCAGCUCCGACGCCGCCCCCCACGGGAUCGGGCGGCUGCCGUUCGACCUCUCCGGUUUCACCGACCGCCAUUCCUGCCCCGAGAAGACGUGGGCCCAAAACGCCUUUGUUCGCACAUAUUUCGCCUUCCUGGACCAAAAAUCCGUAACCUCUCCCGCUUCCCGCGGGUGCGGAACAAACCCCACGCGCAGCGCGUCGUUCGGAUCCACCGGGAGACGGCGGGGCGAGCAGAGCCGCCGCCUCUCCCCUUUCGACGUGGGGGAGGACCUCGCCGCGCUGGAGAAGCUGCAGGGGCUGCUCGACGUGUUGUUGCAGGUGACGCCGCAGCAGCCGGAACUGGCCGCGCUGCCGCUGGUCGCCACGGCGAUGGAUCUGGUUGUGUUCGAGGUCUACGACGUGUACCGGCUGAUAUGCAGCGGAGUGACGAAGGUUCUGCUACGGAUCUACACGGCGGAGAGGGCAGAGGCUAAGGUGGCUCUGCGGGUGAUGCAGAAGGCCGCCGUGCAAGGCGGAGAUCUCGCCGCCUUCUUCGAGAUAUGCACCGAGCUCGGCUUGAUCCACAACUUACAAUGCCCAAAAGUGAAGAGUAUCCCGGAGGAAGACAUCCGGGAACUGGAGGACAUCAUCAGCGGAAGAGCUUCGCAAUCACCAUCAUCAUCCUCUUCCGAUUCUUCCUCCGGACAUGUUAAAACCAGAUCGAGUCCAUCCCCGGAGACGGAUGAAGGAAGACGGCGACGGGAAGCCGAGGGGCGGGAUGCGGCGGUGGAGAAAGGCGGAUUGAAAACUCUAAUCAUAACUGACCGUUGGGAGACAUUUGAUGAUGAUCAGCCUUUUUUAGCAUCCACUCCGCCGCUGCAGGCGAUCGCCGUGCGCGGUGGCGAUGACAGUAAUUGCUGUGACCCGCAAGAACUGCCGGAUCUCAUAAGCUUCUCUUCUUUGCUCUCCGUUUAGAAAAAAGAAAGUACCGAGUAAUUUUGUACUG